AUGGCCGGUGUAUAUGAGGUUGGAACUGAGAAUGGUAAAUUUCUUUCUGGUGAUUCUGAUAUUCUCGUUGGACAUGUUGAGGUGAUCGUUGACAAGGGUUUUAGAAACGAAGUCUCUGGAUUGGAGACUGAUUCCAUUGAUCUUGAGUCUGCAACUGCAAAAGAUUGUGAGGUGAAAGGUGUCGACGAAGAAGUGAAUAUUAAAAGAAAAACAAAUGGGAAUCAUCUUGAAGUGGAGAAGGUAAAUGAUUCAGAAAAUGUAGUAGUGGAAACAGUUGAUAUUGAUUCUAGGAAAAUAACCAACACAGACUGUAGUUUGAUUACAACUGAGACUUCUCAACCAUUGGAGGACUCAAAAUCCCAAGACACGGAUACUUUGAGCCCAGAUUAUGCAACACAAAUGGCCAAAGACACUGAACAAUUUGAGACAGAAGCUAUCGAUGAUCAAAUUAGAGAUGAGACUAUAAUUUCAGACUUGGUAGAAGUGAGUGUUGAUAAAACUCAAACAAAUACCCAACAGCCAGAAAACAAGAAUGGGGAGAUGUUAUUUGAAAAACAUGGGGUUCCUCAAGUUACAGAGCAUCAGCGUGUUGAUGUUGUUGAUGAUAAACAAAGUGAAUUUGAAGUAAAGAAACCCAUAGUAAUCUUCCCAGAUACAUUUGAGUGCCCUGAAAUAAAUUUUCAGUUUGGCUCAUUCGGUGUUCAUGAGAAAGAUCCCAAUAACCUAAAUCUUGUGUCGGAAGUCUUGAACACGGAGGCUGAACCCAUUAACACUCCAGACAGAAUUCUUGAUGAUAUACAAAACAAAAGUGCUGACAAGGCGACUCACUGCAUGAAUGAUGUGGUUCAACCAUAUAACAGGGUUCCAAGAUUUGAUGAUGAAGAGCUCAAGGAGCAGAUUAAAAAUGCUCAGUUGCAACUUGAUGAGAAGAUAAUGUGCAGAUAUGCAAUCGGGGCUGAAAUUCAAGAGAAUAGGGCAAUAUUGAAAGCCCAUUACGAGGUACUCAAAAAUGCAUACUUGGAGGUAACAGCUGCAAAGAAGUUACGUAAAUCAAAAGGGUUAGAUUUAGAAUCUAUUCUACAUUUGAUGAAACAAGUCACCGAGGCUGAAGAUAUAGAUAACUGGCAUAUGCAUAAAGUGGAGCACAUAAUAGAGAUUCAAAACCAGAAAAAGAAAAUAAAGGAGCUCCUGAAUAAUAUAAAGGAGGAAGUUGACUCUUUAAAAGAUAAUGUUUUAAAAGCUGAAAUGGGUGCCUUAGUAAUAGGAAAAAUAUAUGAUGAAGAAUACGAAAAGGGAAAAGAACUACGAGCCCGAUUCCAAGUUGCAGAAGAAGUCUGCCAAAAAGCUUAUACACAUUUAUAUAGUUUGAAGAAACGUUUAUAUGACAAGAAAAAACUUUUCUAUAUGUACAAAGAAGAUGCGACUGCAGCAAGGAGUUUUGCAUCUGGUGGAGAUAAAGUUGCACUUCAACACCCGUGUGUUAAUCAGGUGGAAAAAAUAAUGGAAGAAUCGAACUCAAAUGAAGAAUUCAGGAAAGACUACAUUAGUAGGACCACACCAAGUACACUUGUUGAAACUUCGCUUGAGAGUCAUAUGAAUGAAAGAAUUGCUGUGAAAGCAGUUCCUAUCUCAAGUAAAUUGGAAUCCACUUCCGUAGUUUCAAAAGUUGAACAAGGAAAAAAGACAGUUUCGUGUGUGAGUGAUAUCUGCGAAAUAAUUGCUACGAAUUCAGUUUCUUCUAUCUCAAGUGAAACCGAAUCCGGUUUAUUGUUUUCAAAAGUAGAACAAAGGAAAAAGACGACUCCAACCCCUGAGAACCAAACUAUCUGGAAAGCGGCUAGAAAGACUAAUCGUAUAAUGAAAACCACAAAACCAGUUAAAUUUGUAGUAAGAGAUUCAAAGUUCAUUUGUUUGAGUGAGAUAACGGAGGACGAAGAAAUGGAAAAAACUAUGGUGGAGGUUGAUAAGAAAGAAGAUGAACUAAUUAAAAAAGAGAUCGAAUGCAAUUUGAAAAAGCAAGUGGGGUUGGAGGAAAAGAGAAAAAUGAACGAGGCAAUUGAGAAGAAGACACGAAAUGCUGAAAAUGCCCAAAAACGGGCUGAGUUGCGAGCUCAAAAGGAAGCCGAGCAGAGACAGAAGAAAUCAAUAGAGCUCUUUGAUUAAUGAUCAUAUAUAUAUAUAUGUCGGAAAUUGGGUUGCGUGUUGUGUUGGAAAGUGUUAUCUAUAUCGAAGUUUUGAAGUUUCUGCCCAAGAUUUACAACUCCAAUCAGAUGAAAC